AUGACCUUCCUCUUGUCAAGCAGGCAUGGUGCCACUGAGCUACAUCACCAGCCCUAUUUUGGCUUUAAAGCCUUAGAAAAAACGCGACAGGGCAGGAGCUGCAGAAGGAAUGAUAUUCAGUGGUGUUUUUCUCAGGUGAAAGAACAAGUAGAUAAUGACGUAGCAGAAGUAGAAAACAUUUCUACAGUAGAAUUUAAUCAUUCUAGAGAAUUACUAGCAACAGGAGAUAAAGGUGGUAAAGUUGUCAUCUUUCAGCAGGAGCAGGAUGAGAACAAAAUCCAGUCUCAUCGCAGAGAAGAAUAUAAUGUUUACAGCACCUUCCAGAGUCACGAAUCAGAUUUUGACUACUUGAAAAGUUUAGAUAUAGAAGAAAAGAACAACAAAAUUAGAUGGUUACCCUAGAAAAAUGCUGAUCAGUUUUUAUUGUCUACCAAUGAUAAAACAAUAAAAUUAUGGAAAAUCAGUGAAAGGGUCAAAAGACCAGAAGGGUAUAACUUGAAAGAAGAGGAUGGAAAGUACAGAGAUUCUACUACAGUUACUAUACUACGAGUGCCAGUCUUCAAGCCCAUGGAGCUAAUGGUAGAGGCCAGUCCACAAGGAAUGUGUGCCAGUGCUCAUACCACAUCAACUCCAUUUCUAUCAAGUGAUUAUGAAACUUAUUUAUCUGCAGAUGAUUUGCAGAUUAAUCUUUGGCACCUGGAAUUUACAGACAGGAGUUUUAAUACUGUGGAUAUCAAACCUGCCAACAUGGAAGAGCUCACAGCCACAGAAUUCCAUCCCAACAGCUGUAACACGUUUGUGUACAGCAGCAGUAAAGGAACCAUUCAGCUCUGUGACAUGAGGACAUCUGCCCUCUGCGAUAGGCAUUCUAAACUGUCUGAAGAAACUAAAGACCCCACUAUCUGGUCUUUUUUUCCCCAAAAAAACAUCUCCUCUAUUUCUGAUGUAAAAUUUAGCCAUAGAGGUCGCUAUACGAUGACUAGAGAUUAUUUGUUAGUCAAAAUUUGGGAUUUAGGGGGGGUAUUAAAUAUGGAAAACAGGCCUGUGGAAACAUACCAGGUGCAUGAAUACCUCAGAAGUAAAUUUUGUUCACUAUAUGAAAAUGAUAUAUUUGACAAAUGUGAAUGUUGUUGUUGGAAUGGAUCUGACAGUGUUGUCAUGAAUGAAUCUUACAAUAAUUCAGAAUGUUCAAAAGGAACACAAAGCGAGAUACAACCUUAG